UGUAGCGGAUACAUAUGUACCACCAAAGGAGCAGAGAUAUUCAUUUAAUCUUAAGUACAGAAUGAGUGUGAAUUGUUCGGAUGAAGAGGCCAAAAAUGCGUUCCUGGCACAAGUUAGGAUAAAAGUAAUAAGUCGGCUUAUUGAAUUAGCAAAGCAAUAUCCCAGUAUGUGCAACAAAGUAAACGUCCGUGAGUGUUUUCAGUCUGUAAAGGUAGAUUUAAAAGCAUGCAAGACAACAAGCCGUAAAAAAAGAUCUGCGGAUGGCUUUGAUGUCGAUAUUAAAGUAGAGAUCCCAGUUGUAAGUCCAAUAGUUACAGACAGUAGUGAGCCUGCAAAAAAAGUACGAACUGAAACCGUUCUACAAGAGGAUAUACACACACAGAAAACAGAAUAUUCAUCACAGGUGAUGCCAUUACAUUUACUUUAUUCUACAUAUGUGGGGAAAAAAUUAACAUGUGCAAAUGGGACUAUUCCUAAUGACAACAAUGAGAUGUGUGAGGCAUGUAAAGAAGGAACAUAUCAUGACACUACAAUGGAUGUGUGUAAGAAAUGUCCAAGAAACUUCUAUCAGAAUAGUACAGGACAGACCAGCUGCAAAGCAUGUCCCGGUCCUGUAAAUAUUUACACUCUGUCAGAUGGUUCAACGUCAGAAUCCCAGUGUGUGGGGAACCAUGAUUGAGUGACGGAGAAGGCUGACUCUGUUCCUGAGAAAGAGACAUAAAUCUAAAAAAUGCAGUGAAACGUUGUAAAACAGAACUAAACAGUGAUAUUGAAUGAAAACAAAGUGUUUUGAAAGAUUAAAGAAUGCCUCAGGAAAUCCUGUCCUUGAGGCAAUGACCUGCAAUUU